AUGUCUGGGAGUGACAAUGGCGCUGCGGGCACUCAUGCCGGCGUCGAACAGCAGCGAGCAGGCGUAAGCCCGGGCAGGACGACUGGAGCCAGAAGCGCGAGCCCAGCUAAGAGAAGUGCUGCCGAUAUGGAGGAUGUUUCAAGUGCUCAACCAGAGCAGCAGAAGGUGAAUGGAGGACCCGCCGAUGGAGAGACGGGAACAGCGGAUUCAGACCAGGUUAUGUCAGGCAUGACACCUGCUGAAGACGAUGAGGAGACCCAGACACAAGAGACUGCCAUGACUGCUGCUGGAAGCUCUAUCACCGAGAGCAUGGACACUUCGGCAACGAGCUUCACUUCCGCGAAUGACAAGUCGCAAGUAGUGCCUCCCGCCCAUAAAGAGCCGUAUACCACAGAGCAGAUUGACAAGCAAGUCGCCAAAGUACGGGAGAUGGAUGCCAGAAAGACAGACGAAGGCUCUCGAGGAGUUGUGAUAUCGAAUAAGUGGCUUCAGCGAGUUUUGUCACGUUCUACAGAAGGACGCGGAAACAACGACUAUCCGAAGGAGGCACGAGAAGGCAAUGUCGGGCCUUUGGAUAACUCGGACAUUGUCUCCAAAGGCGCUUUCAAUGGACCAUUUCUCAAGGACACCGCAAAUCAGGCCUUUGUACCUCUCAAGCCUGGCCUUCGCUUAGACGUGGAGUUCUCAGUGCUUCCAUACGAUGCCUACGGUUACAUCGUGGGAGAGUAUGGAUACACUACUCCGACAAAGCCUAUUGUCCGGUAUGCCCACAACACAGUAGAGGAAGAUGCAUCAGUGGAGAACAUCAUGUAUGAGCUCUAUCCGCCUGUCAUCACUGUUCGGAAAGUCCCGCAAUCAACGGAAGAUUCAGCUCAAGUCAAGCCUAACAGGGCCUUGGACAAACUGCGGAUGAAGCAGGAUCGAGAAGGUCGUGGCCAGAGCAAUCCCGAUGAGGCAGUGCGACUUGUAUGCUCAGCGUCCGAUAAAGCCAUGAACUUCUUGCGUCGCGCAAAAGAAGCCGCUGGUAUCCCACAAGGGACAAAGGUGAAAGUCUGGCGCCUGCUUGAUCCGUCACAGGUCGCUGUUGACAAGCCCGAUAACACUCAGCCUGGAGUGUUAUCGCCGCCUGCGUCUAGAGCCUCAUCGCCCUCGAGAUCCGGAGACACAAAGUUGAUCGUGGAUUCUGAGACCUUCUCCCAGUUCGAGACGGGCAAGGACAUGGAGUCGGUAGAUCUCGACGACCAGACGCUUAACACGAAGUACAAUGGCCAGAGAACAUUGGACGCCAUCGCGCUUGGCUAUUCACAAACUAUUCUACUUGAGGAGCAGAAGGGCGGUCCUGGUGGGGGCGAGUUUCAAUCGGACUUGAAGAAAGGCACCAAGUCGGGGCUAGAGAAGCAGAGCACCGCGUCAAGACCUGAUUCGGCUCCAACAUCUGGCAGGAGUAGUCCGGCACCUGGCGGUAUGAUGACAAGAGGGCGAAGACGCAAGGACGGUCGAACCAUUGGUACCGUGGGACUGUCCAACCUGGGCAACACCUGCUACAUGAAUUCCGCUCUUCAAUGCAUCCGCAGUGUCGAAGAGCUCGCAGUCUACUUUCUGACGAAGACAUACAAGCCAGAGAUCAACAACGAUAAUCCACUGGGACAUCAUGGCGCCAUGGCCAACGCGUACUACGGUGUCCUCAACGGCAUCUACGGUGGUCAGAGCACCAGCUCUUUCACGCCGACCGACUUCAAGCGGACACUUGGUCGUCUGGCACCUACGUUUUCCGGAUAUGGCCAGCAAGAUUCGCAAGAGUUUUUAAGCUUCCUCGUUGAUGCCCUCCACGAAGACUUGAACCGCGUGAAGAAGAAGCCCUACAUGGAGAAUCCCGACUCGGACGACAACAAGGUCAGAGACCCUGAGUACAUCCACGAGCUAGGCGAGACAUAUCGCAACAACCACAAGGCACGCAAUGACUCCGUCGCAAUGGACCUCUUCAGUGGCUUCUACAAGAACACCAUGGAAUGCCCUGAGUGCCAGAAGGUUAGCGUCACCUUCGACCCGUACUCACUCUUGACUGUGCAGUUGCCAAUGGACGUUGCUUUCACCCACGAUAUCACGUUUGUGCCGCUCCAUGGCCAUCCGGUAAUUCAUCACAUCGACGUGGAUAAGAAUUGGACCAUCAAGACUUUGAAGGAGUACAUGGCCAAGAAGCACUCCACUGACGCAGAUCGACUAUGGAUGAUUGAGGUCUACAACCAUAAGAUCUACAAGGCUUUUGAUGACCAGAGCACUCUCGCCGAAGCCAGCAUUCAAAGCAACGACUUCCUAUUCAUGUACGAGCUCGAAGACGUACCGACGAACAAGCCAACAACGAAGAAGUCAUUUUCUAUGUACGGCAAUUACACAAAGAGUGAAGAAGACAAGGUUCCAUUGGAAGGCAUGGACUCCUCGAAAGCCGACGUGAUGGCCGUUCCCAUCUUCAACCGAUACAGAAACGAGCGCCUUCAGAAAGACUACGAUGCCGCGCUGCACCCACUGUACAUUACAGUCACGCGGGAGGAGGCCAAAGACUACGACAAGAUUCUGAAGAAAGUCCUCAUUGCUGUCUCCAACAUCACAUCAAGGAAGAUUCUCACGGAGUUUGAGAAUGAUUCGUCUCAAAACGUGCCCGAUGCCGAAGCUGAGGCCGAAACCGACAAGGAGCAAGGAAACGAAGAUGCUGCAGGCGUUAGCGAUCAUUCCGCCCAGUCUGAGGAGAGCUACGUUAACGUCUCGCGGAACAAGCAGCCCACAAAUUCCCAAGUGAACGGCGAGAGCCCAAUGCAAAUUGACGAAGACCUGCCUGCCGUACCCUAUGGCUUUAUGGAACCUGGUUACUUCCUAGCCCCAGCUCUACGGCACCAGCUUUUCGAGCUGAAAUUCGGGGAAGCCAAUGAACGCAAUAUCCAUUGCGUUGCUAUGUCGGGCUUGAUCAGCAGCUCCGUGCGCCCCAUGCAUGAUCGUGUCAAGCCUACCAAUCGGAGGGGUUCGAUGCAGUCCUCUAGCUCGGAAGAAUCUACAACUAGCACCACUUCUGGCGUGCAGGUCAAUGGCGGUGAUGAUGAGGAGAGUGAUGAAGAUGAUCCCGACAAGCCUGACAUUACGCUCGGUGGAGAGUCGACUCUUUCGGCACCUACCGUGGACGAGAGCAGUGAGGAUGAGCUGGCAAACAAUUCGCCGACGCUGUCACGAAGCAAUCUUCACGCAGACAAUGACCACUCUCGAAGUGGACGUCGCAAGAACAAGAACAGCAAGAAGGGUGGUAGAGGCAAGAAGAAUCGACGCAAUAACAAGAAAGUGACCUAUGGUAAGAACGAUAGGAAGCGAUAUGGCCAGAAGCAGAACCUCAAUUACUUCGGCUCAUCUCCAGCGAGCAGCCAGUCGGAUGACAGCCCCUACUAUAUCCAGAUUGGCGAAGGUAUCGUUCUCGACUGGCACCCGGAGGCUGCAGACAGCUUGUUUGGGGGCGAUAAGGACGACCCUGCCGAGAUGCGCGGCCAUACCUACGUCAAUCACGACGGCAAAAGCGGACCAGUCUUCUAUGACGAAGAGCUCGAGGCUAGAAAGAUGAAGCGUGCCGAGCGUAAGAAGCAUGGAAUCAAUCUCGACGAUUGCUUCGCGGAGACCAGCAAGAAAGAGGUCUUGUCCUCAGACAACUCGUGGUAUUGCAAUCGCUGCAAAGAACUACGACAAGCUGAUAAGCAGCUGGAAAUCUGGACGCUGCCUGAUAUCCUGGUCGUGCACAUGAAGCGAUUCGGUGGCAACCGUUCUUUGCGUGACAAGCUUGACGUCGCCGUCGAGUACCCCAUCGAAGGCCUUGACAUGAGCGACAAGGUUGGCCUGAAAGAGGAGGGCAAGGAGUACAUCUACGACUUAUUCGCUGUAGACAACCACUAUGGAGGUCUUGGUGGUGGUCAUUACACUGCCUACGCCAAGAACUUCUUCGACGACCAGUGGUAUGAAUACAACGGUAAGUUUGCACUUAUGCACGGAUCCUGGAAUGAUUGCUAAUCUGAACUCUAGACUCGUCGUGCUCCAAGACUACCAUUCGACCAAAGUCUGCUGCUGCAUACCUGCUAUUCUACCGUCGUCGAUCCGAUAAGCCUCUCGGCCCACAGUAUCUCCAGCAGCUCGUCACCCAAUACCGCCUCGGACGUGAGGAAGAGGCCGCGGAGAGCGAGUCGGGGGAAGGCAGGCUCGGCGGCCCAACUCACUCCUCUCAGCAACACGGUGGGUCGUCGAGCACAUUAGCAGGAGUCGCAGUCGGGAAGGGGACCAGUCUGGAGGAGAGGGAUCCCGCGGCAAAUGGUGGAACUGGAGCCGGCCACAAUCUGACACAGAAGCCGACGACGACAAUGAAUAGUAUCGGAGAAGAUGGUGGUGGCAGCGAGCGUACCCUUGAUGGGAUCCUUGGUUAUGGCAACGGUGAGAGUAGCUGGAGUUUCCAGAGACUGAGUGGAGACGACGGCGACAGCACCACGGCCCAGCUGGAUGGCAACGACGACUCAGGAUUCAAUUCCGGAGGUAGUACCUUCACGGACAUUAGUGAAUACUCGUCUGCCAACGCCACGGGAACGCGGAACUCCCCGGACAACUCGAUGCAGCACUUCGAUAUCGACGCAGGGCACGAUGGAGCGGAACAUGUCGAAGACAAGGCAGUCCACGAGAUUCAUGUGGACGACCCAGGCGAUGCAAUGCCGGAAUUGUCAUAG